AUGCGCGUUCAUAUGCAACAUGAUUUGAGAGCAGAAGAAUUUUCAAAGUUACUCAUUGAUAUAGGGAAUGGACAAAUUUCAGAAGUUGACGGACGAAUAAGUAUUCCGGAUAACCUAGGUGAUAUUGUUGAUGAUUUAACUACAUUAACUGAUAAAAUAUACCCAGAUAUCAAUAAAAUUGGAGUUAAUUACUCUUCAUGGCUAAAAGAAAGAGCUAUUCUGACUCCAAUGAAUGAUUCAGCAAAUAGCAUUAACAACUUUCUUCUGGAAAAGCUAUCAACUAAUCAAAUGAAGUAUAAAUCUAUUGAUACAGUCGUAGAAGUUGAUGAUGCUGUCCAUUAUCCUGUCGAGUUCUUACAUACACUCAAUCCACCCGGAAUACCAUCUCAUAUUCUCAAUCUCAAAAUUGGAGCACCAAUAAUGUUACUGCGCAAUUUGAAUCCUCCAAAACUAUGUAACGGUACGAGACUACAAGUGAAAAAUUUACAUAAAAAUAUUAUUGAAGCUACAAUUUUAACAGGUAAACAUGAAGGAGAAGUCGUAUUUAUUCCAAGAAUUCCUUUGGUUCCAUCUGACUACCAUUUCAACUUCAAACGUCUACAAUUUCCUGUUAGGGUUUGCUAUGCUAUGACUAUCAAUAAAGCGCAGGGGCAGAGUUUAAAAUUAGCUGGUGUAGAUUUGAGACAUGAUUGUUUUUCUCAUGGUCAGUUUUACGUGGCAUGCUCAAGAGUCAGUUCACCGGACAAAUUGAUUAUUCUUUAA